AUGUGGUCCAACUAUUUUGUACAGCAGGAUGAGGAGGGUCGCAUCGGGGUGGCAGGGGCUGGACAAGGUGGGGGUUUGGGUGGAAUUAAAGGUGGAAGGGGACAAAGGAGGACCCACAAGAUGAGUGACAGCCAGGAGGGGAAGAUCAAGCUGGCAUUCUUUGUGUCUAUCAUUGGCGUGACCCUGACGGUGUUGGGCAUGGGGACAGAGUUUUGGGUGGAGCUGGCCCAACCAAAGAAUUUCAGCGGCAAUCAGACCUGCCAGAUGGCCCACUAUGGCCUGUGGAAGGGCUGCAUCCGUACCCUAUGGGUGGCUGACAUAGACCCAGAGAGGACAAGCUGUGGCCCCGUCGAACUACCUGGAGAAUCCAACUGCACCUACUUCAAAUUCUUCACCUCUGGGGAGAAUGCAGUCAUAUUCAAGAAGACAACUAACAAGAAUCUGAAUCUAGCAGCAGCUGUCUUGGCCCUUUUGAGUCUGACCAUGAUGGUAAUGGGCUCCAUCUGCAUCGCCAUGUCCCUCAGCAAAGGAGUGCCCUUCUUUCUCAAGCCGGCCUCCUUCUGUUUCAUCCUAUCAGGUGUACUGGUCCUUCUCUCUGUCCUGAUAUUUCACCAGUCCAUGCUGGCCUUGCUGUCCAGUGAUCACUCCAUACCUUUACACCAUGAGCUGUCCUGGUCUGUGGCCUGCGUUGGCUCAGCAGGAGCUAUUCUUAUUGUUGGAGGUUUCCUCUUCAUCAUCCUCUCCCUUCCUUUCAGCCCCUGGCAGAAAUGCUUGCCACACAAGAAUAGCGCCACCUAGCACUUUAAUUCUUGAAAUAUUCAUACAGUGUUCUUGGUCUUGCGCAAGUGGAAAAGUCCUUUUCUUGUGACUUUGCUUGCUCUUGGCAUUUAAUUUGUUCAAUAAGUCAUACUAGGUCUUAAUCAAAUGUAUGAAGAGAAGUCAGCAACACAUUAGUGUGGCCUCCAGAAUUUGCUUUUGCAAUAUUUUAGAGUUUUGAGUAGAAAACAGAUGGAAGAAGCAAGAGGGCUACUGCUGACUGUUUAAUUUUUUAGCUCUGUGUGUCACAAAUAGGCUUGUUAGCCUGCUUAUAGCUGUCUUUCCGCUAAUAUAAGGAGAGUUAAUAAAAAAAUUAAAAUGCUCAGACAUGUUUCUAUUUUAAAAUUUUUAGUCUGUUUAAUACGGAAGCUCAUUUCUGCCAAGAACAUUUAAAAAUACAUGAAAAGUUAGCAAGUCCCCCAAAUAAAACUAUAAUAUAUAAAAUGUUGUUCUUUGUCCGUGCCCUCUAGAACAAUUUUCUGAUCUGACACCCGUAUCGGCAAGACAUCAUAAUUUCUCUCAAAUUCACUGUUAAAGAAUCUGUUUUAUGAUGCAAUGGUUAAGGUUGGGUUAGCUUUAUGCACAACAACUACUUGAGUGGAGUGAGGGGAAAGAUCAUGGUUUGGAUCACAAUUACUGCUUUUUAGGGUUAUGGGACCUUCAUCGUCAUGUUGUUGUUUUUUUUGCAUAAUGACAAGCAUGUGUGUAAUGUUAGGGAACAAUCGUGCUCAUGCUUAAAAAACAACAACAUUGACUGUUGGUUGGAAACGGGAAAAGAACAGCUGAUUUUUUGUUGACAUAUCCAGCCACCCUGACCUCCUCCCUACAUGGACGUCGUCACUUUACAAAGUCACCAUCUGACUUCCUCAUUACUACAGCUGCUAGAGGGCUUUAUCACUUGAAUGUAAGCAUUGUUUUGGGGCACUUGUUGAAACGACUGAUGCUGUCGUUCCUCUUGGGAGGACAGUCUCAAAGUUAAACUUAACAAGCUACAAAAUUAUGAGAUUGUCAGUCAAAAACUUUACUUACUAAUUUCAAAUGAUGGUUACCAAGUCAGAAAGUUUGACUUACCGUCUCAUAAUUAUGACUUACCUUAGGUAUGUUCUCUUUUUUCAUCACGUUUGACUUUUCAUCUAUUUCUUUCAGGCAGAAAUGGGCCUCCAUAGUUUAAAAUUCCUAUCCGCAUCAGAAUGAACCACCAUCAGAUGAGGAGGUCCCGAUUACCUUCAAAGAAGUUACUUGUCAUAUCUGCUACAUGUUGCCUUAUGAAUAGAGUCGACGAGGGUCCUUAAUAUUCUCGCCUAUGAAGCUUUUUCACACUUAAUACUUAAUAAACAAGAGGCCUUAGUUGUCAUUAUUUAUUACUUAUGUGUGUUUUACAACUAUUGGGUGAAUGCUGCAUCAAGUAUACCAGAUGAAUGUAUGUUGAAUGAAUUCAACUGUGAGAAGCAAUUUUGUAUAUCAGAGGAUUGUAUGGACUCACUUUAUAAGCUCAACUUUGUACAUAAACUGAAUGAAUGUGUUUUUAUUUUAUGAAUGGUCACCGUAGCAGUAUGUAUGUCGUAAAUACACUUUCUGUUUGUGAUAGGAAACUCACCAUAUCUCUCUAGCAAGAAAUGCUAUUCUAAAACACAUGCUGUGCUCAUUUCUACUCAUAUAUGUACAGUAUGUGGCGCCAGUUUUACUUAUCAUUAAAGGGAA